AUGUCGUUCACGUGCGAGUGCUCCCGCGGGGAAGGCAGCGUCGACUGGGUGCGCCCUCCGCCCGCGCGCGCGCGCCGCCCGGCACUCCUCGGACGUUCGCCUUCUCGCGUCGUUCGAAUCUUACCUCCGCGCCCCUCCAUUCGCCCCGCCUCCUUCCAGAUCCGCGCGACGUUCAAGGACUGCGUGUACACCGUCCCCGACGAGCUCGGGUUCUACCUCGGCCUCGUCUCCAUCGCGUGCUGGCUCUUCGCGCAGCUGCCGCAGAUGCUUCGGAACUACCGCCUCAAGUCCGCGGAGUCGCUCUCGCCGUACUUUCUCGCGGAGUGGCUCGCGGGCGACGCCAUGAAUCUCUCCGGGUGCCUCUUCGCGGGCGACCAGCUCCCGUCGCAGGUGUACACCGCGUGUUACUUCGUGUGCGUCGACGUGGGGAUGAUCGCGCAGUACGCGUACUACGCGCUGUCGCGCCGCGACGCGCUGGCGCUGGCGGCGGCGGCGGCGUGCGUCGUCGUCGUGGUCGGCGUUUUUUUCUUCGCCGGACGCGACGGCGCGUGGUCGAAUCGGUGGGCGUCGCACCGCUCGCGCGAUCACUCGCGCCACCGCUCGUCGCCGCCGUCGCCGUCGUCGCUUCCGUACUGCGACGUCUCGACGAACCCGGAGUGGGAGGUCGCGAUCGGGCGAGCCGCGGGGUACGUCUCGUCCGCGUUUUAUCUCGGCUCGAGGGUGUCUCAGAUUCUCAAAAACCGCGCGAGGAAGUCGUGCGAGGGGCUGUCGGCGGCGAUGUUCGCCACCGCGGUCGCGGCGAACGUGACGUACGGCGUCGCGAUACUCCUGCGCGCGGCGUCGUGGGCGGGGGUGCUCGCGUCCGCGCCGUGGCUGCUCGGGAGUUUGGGGACGGUCGCGCUCGACGUGACGGUACUCGCGCAGAGCCGGCGAUACGGCGGCGGCGGCGGCGGCGGCGGCGGGGAGGAGGGAGAGGCGCUCGAGGGCGAGGAGACCGCGGCGCUGCUUCCGAGCGAGCGCGGGUCGUACGCGUAG